AUGGCGAAGGGCUGGAAGCUCGCGACCACCUACUCGCAGCGGGCGAAUUUCCACUCCACCCACCUCCUCCAAGCGGAGACUGUGAAGGUCCCCCAGAUGGCCGAGUCGAUCUCGGAGGGCACGCUCAAGACGUGGUUGAAGCAGCCCGGAGACUCCGUGGAGGCGGACGAGGAGGUCGCAACGAUCGAGACGGACAAGAUUGACGUUUCCGUCAACGCACCAACCGCCGGUGUUAUCACCGAGCAUCUCGCAGCCGAAGAGGACACCGUCACCGUCGGACAAGACCUCUUCCGCAUUGAGCCCGGAGAGGGCGGCGCGAGCAAAUCUGCCGAGAAGCCCGCUGAGUCGUCGUCCGCGCCCGCGGCGGAGGCUGAGAAGACUGCACCCCCACCUCCUUCAGAGGCCGCCGCGCCGGAGAAGAAGGAAGUGAAAGAGGCCCCCAAGCCUGCGCCCGCACCUUCGAAACCGGCCGCGAAAGAGGAGCCCGCGCCUGGACCGAAAGUGCGCGGCUCACGCAAUGAGACCCGCGUGAAGAUCAGCCGCAUCCGUGCCCGCAUCGGGGAGCGUCUCAAGGAGUCACAGAACACCGCGGCGGCGCUCACGACGUUCAACGAGAUCGACAUGUCGAGCAUCAUGGAGUUCCGCAAGCUGUACAAGGACGAGGUGCUGAAGGAGCACGGCGUCAAGCUCGGGUUCAUGUCCGCCUUCGCGAAGGCGUGCUGCCUCGCGCUCCAGGAGGUGCCCGCGACCAACGCGUCGAUCGACGGCAACGAGAUCGUCUACCGCGACUACGUUGACCUCUCCGUCGCGGUCGCGACCCCGAAGGGCCUCGUCACCCCCGUCGUUCGCAAUGCGGAGACGAUGAACUUCGUAGAGAUUGAGAAGGAGAUCGCGGCGAUGGGCAAGAAGGCGCGCGACGGCAAGCUCACGCUCGAGGACAUGGCGGGUGGUUCGUUCACGAUCUCGAACGGCGGUGUAUUCGGCUCGCUCUACGGCACGCCCAUCAUCAACCUGCCCCAGACCGCCGUGCUCGGCAUGCACUCGAUCAAGGACAAGCCCGUGGUCGUCAACGGCCAGAUCGUCAUCCGCCCCAUCAUGGUCGUCGCGCUCACGUACGACCACCGUCUGCUCGACGGCAGGGAAGCCGUCACCUUCCUCGUCAAGGUGAAGGAGUACCUCGAGGACCCACGGAAAAUGCUCCUCUCUGUAUGA